UUCAGUGUGAGACUGCAACGCGUGGAUGUUUAUUCAGUGACAUUUGAACAACUAUGAUAUUAAAUCGCAUCUGGAGAGUUUACCCACAUCUGCCAUGACUGAAGACAAAAACGGUUAGGAUCACAAAGAAAUGGAGGGUCAGGCAGAGGAGAGACUGUGUGGGAAAUGGAGGGUCGCAUGUGGUUUGUACAAUUACAACCUGAGGGAUGUUUUCACAUGGCAUCUGCUGAAGACAGUUCUCAUGGGCCAGGUGUUGUCUCUGCUCAUCUGUGGGACGGCAGUGAGCUCUCAGUACCUGGCUACCGCCAAGGUGGAGACGCCAAUGCUGCAGAGUUUCCUCAACUAUGCCCUGCUGCUGCUCGUCUACACCACCAUCCUCAUUGCGCGCAAAGGUGAAAGAAACAUCGUACAGAUUUUGAAGACAAAGUGGUGGAAGUAUUUGGUGAUGGGUUUGGCAGAUGUGGAGGCCAACUAUGCAGUUGUGCGUGCUUACCAGUAUACCACCCUGACAAGUAUCCAGCUGCUGGACUGUUUCGUGAUCCCAGUGCUGAUGCUGCUCUCCUGGUUCUUCCUGAAGACUCGCUACAGGCUGGUCCACUUUAUAGCCGUGGCGGUGUGUUUGUUGGGUGUGGGGGCCAUGGUAGGAGCCGACAUUGUGGCCGAAAGAAACCAGGGGUCCACCAGUUAUGUUGUGCUGGGAGACGGUUUGGUCCUCCUCAGCGCCGCCCUCUACGCUGUAUCCAACACGUGUCAGGAGUACACGGUGAAGAACCUGAGUCGGGUGGAGUUCCUGGGCAUGAUGGGACUCUUUGGGACGCUCAUCAGUGGCGUGCAGCUUGCUGUGCUGGAAAUCCCUGCAGUUUCAGCGAUAAAGUGGGACCUCCAUAUUUCCAUGCUGUUCGCCGUCUACGCCCUGUGCAUGUACGCCCUCUACAGCUUCAUGCCCGUGGUUGUGAAGUUGACCAGCGCUACUGCAGUCAACCUCUCUCUGCUCACCGCUGACCUCUUCAGCCUCUUCUGUGGCCUUUACUUCUUCCACUUCAAGUUCUCCGCCUUGUACAUCAUCUCGUUUGUCGUCAUCACCGUGGGGUUCAUCAUGUUCAACGCCGUUCCCACGUACACCGUUCUGCCCGACGACGACCCAGCCGAUCCCUCGGCUGAUCGGCCCGAUCCCAGCCCCGCAGAUUACCUGCUCGCCGCGGACAGAGACUCUCCGAGGACCGAGACGCUCACGGCUGUCGCGGCUCUAUGACACAAAGUGACUGGACUUUGUUUUUUUAAGCACAAAAUCAGCUUCUCCUUUUGAAGCGAAGAGAUUGUUACUUUUUAUGUUGUUGUUAUUUUGUACAUUUCGUCAUUAGAUUUAGUUUUAACGCUUUAAUGAUUUUAAAAAUGAAACCAAAGCCCGGAAGUGCCACUGUUCAUUCCUCACUGCACAACAUGCUGUUAAAUGAUUUAAAAAAACUCAUACUGCUCCCAGAAAAUCAUCACGUAUAGACAUCAUGUUCUGUUUUUAAAUCCUUAUUUUUGUUACAUCCUAUACAUAAAUACAUCAUUUGUUACUGAAGUAGAAAUUACGAUUGUUUACUGCCCUGAAACUGAUCAGUUACACUUUUUUUAUUACUAAUUUAUGUUUUGGUUUUUUGGUUUUUAAACCACAAACCCUUCAGCUGUUCCGUUACAAUCCUACUUGACUUUUAUUUCCUGUUGUUGUGCUUUUACAGUUUUCCACAGUAUAAAUUGUUAAUUUAUCAAAUUGAUUUCUUUCCCUUUCCAACUAAAACAUGUCAACUGAUGUUUUUACGAACAUUUCUUCCUUUUUUUUUACUAAUAAAUUCAUUUUUUGAAUAUA